AUGAUCGAUGAGCUCAGUGCUAAAGUUUUUGAAGCAAAGGCACUCAUUCCAAAGAUCGAAGAAGCUGCCAAGAACGAGCAUCUGCCAGCUGAGGACAAACCAAAGGCCGAACAACUUGUCUCGAAUCUCGAAGCAUUCGUCAAGGAUGUUGAAACUCAGGUUUCCGAGAAACAAGACGAACUCGACAAGUUGAACAACGCAAACGAUGCUAUCAAGAGACUUGGAGACGCUCUCGACGAUGCCGAAAAGACUGCUGUUCCAAGCAAUGUGACAGCACUCAACGAGUUCAAGGAUCGCAUCGCUCCACACAUUGCCACUUUGGUUGAAGCUGUCCAACAGGUUCCAGACAGUGUUGAGCCUUCAGCAGCUGCUUUGCGUGACCGUGCCGCCAAAUUCGUGUCUGAUCUGGAGAAGAACAUCGAGAAGACUGGAGACGAUGAAAAACGUGCCGAACAACUGAAGAGCGAUGUCGGAAAUGCCGUCAGCAAUGUGGAUGAUGUUGUUUCGAAAUAUCACAAUCAAACUCAGCCACUCGACGUUGCCAAGGAAGAUGCCAACAAACUCAAGACUGCUGUUGAACAACUCACCAAGUUGGCCGAGUCUAGCGACAAGAUCGAUCCACAAGUCGCCAAGGACAUCAAAGACUCCAAGACCAAGGCUAAAGAAUUGCUUCAAGCUCUCGAAAAAGCCAUCCCACAGGAAGAUGUUAUCCGUCGUGAGCAAGCCGAGAUUCAUGAUCGUCUCAACAAUCUCGAGAAGGAGCUGGCAAAGGUGGAUGAAUUCAAACCAGAAGAUGCACUUCCAGUUGUUGAUCAACUUGCCUCCGAUACCACCACCUUGAAGGCUGUCACCGAUUCAAACAACGAGAAGGCUGCUGCUCCAAGCUCGCUCAUUUCGCAUGACGACUUGGUUGUCGGUCUUCCAGAGAAGGUCUUCCAACUUCAACACGCCAUCGAUGACAAGAAGCAAGCUUUGAACAAGGCAGCAGCUGUCAACGAAAUUGCUCCAAAACUGCAACUCGUUUCUCAACAACUCCAAUCAGUUCCACAAGACAUUCCAGCGUCACUGGACGAACAGAAACAACUUUUGGAGGAUGUUGAAAAUCAAAAGCACAAUUUGGAAAAUCUGCUCGCCAACCUUCCUGAUAACGACCCAGCUGCUGAUGAAUUGAGACAGAAGAGCCAAUGGGAUUUGUCCCGACUCAAGGAUCUUUUGAAACAACUUGGAUCUGCCGUCGGAGACAAGUUGGCUGCUCUUGCCGCUUUCAAUGCCGCUCGCAAGAACGCCGAAGACGCCCUUCUCGAUAUCACCUGCGAAGAUGGAAGUGAUGAUAACAAGUCGCCAGAUGAGCUUAUCGAUGACCUGACCAAGAAGGAGGAAACUGUUGCCAAGCUUCGUGAAACUGUGGCCGGAGUUAAGCCAGACGAGCUCGAUGAGAAGGAACGAGCCGAGUACAACGAUCUGCUUGCAAGACUUGCAAACGCGGCUGACGUUCUCAAGGUAACACCAUUAUUUUCAAUUUUUGAUAAUUACAAUGGUCUAAAUUCGCACAAUCAUUCCAAUCCAAUUGUUAACCUAAACAAACGUGCCGAACUCGAGCAAGCACUGAAGGCCAAGGCUGAGGAGAAAUCUCUGCACGAUGCUGUUGACCGUAUUGUGUCUCGUCUUGUGCCACUCGUUCGUGACGCUGAAGAACUCCGUCACAACGCUGAAGCCGUUCCUACCCAAUACGCUCCAAAGGCUGAAGAACUGAAGAAGGAAGUCGAAGCUGCGAAGACCAUCAUCGUCAAUGCACCAACAUCUGAUGCUCAUGUGCAACAACUUCUACAAGCCGUUGCCAACGCAGAAACCCUCAUUCCGGACCUCGAGGAGAGAGCUUCCAUUUGGGAGCGUUUUGUUAAAUCAAAGGAUGAUUUGUAUGACGAUUUGGAGAAACUCGAAAAUACAGUAAGCGAUGUCCUAAACAGACCUCGCCUAGCUGUAUCACAAGCACAACAACGCUUAAACAAACUGAAGGUAUGUGUCCAGCUUUCCGUUAUUGUUGACUACUUAUAUUUUCAGGAACAAAUUUUCCUUCUCGACCGUAUUCGAAAUUCGAAAGUGGAUUUCGAUGAUCAAGGAGAAGCUCUAUUGCCACUCACAGUAGUGGACGAUGAGCUGCGUUUCAUGCACGUUCAUGUGGAAAGCAUCGAACGACAGUAUGAGGACACUAUGGACAAACUGAAUUCUGAGAUCACUGCUGAAAUUGAAUUAUUACGAACUCUUGACAUUCUUUCAAAUGAAUUAUCUCAAUGCAAAGAAGACAUCAACAAUCCAACAGCUGAUGUUGAUGAACUUGUAUGUCUUUCUUUUCCACCUUUCAUUCAUAAAAACGUUUUCCAGAGCCGCGCUACAAUGCUCAAUGAUGCCAUUGCUCAUCUCGAAAACCAGAAGGUUGUUGUCGCCAGAAGCGAGAAGGACCGCAAAUUUGUUGAAAGCAGCACUUCGACAGAUCUUGAACAACUUCUUGCUGAAGCAAAACGUCUUCUCAAGGAAAUUGAGCCACGACUAGAUGUCUCUCAGCCAGACCAUGACAAUGAAGAUGAAGAUGAAGACGAAGAGAAAGGAAGCGAAGAGAAGCCGUAUGAUGUCAGAGCCGCGGCCGAAGUGCUUUCUGCACUUUACCCAGAUGAACAUCCGAACAAUGUUCUUCGAAACAUUGGUUUUGAAGACGUGCCGUCGGAUUCCGAAUCAAGAAGUGAAUUUGACUCUCUUGAUAGUCGAUCAGAUGGACUACUUUCCCCAAUUCCUGAUGAUUCGACUCUCAAUGAAGAACAACUCCGCAGACAAAGAUCACGUUGGAGACGGGUACUCAGAACUGCCUUGCCACUCCAGGCUCUGCUGGUUCUGCUUAUGGGAGCUGCUUGUUUGGUUCCCCACUGUGACGACGAGUACUGUUGUCAACUUCUCAAUAACUUCGCUAAAAGUUUUGACCCAUCGCUAGAAUUUGUAAAUGGGCCACCGCCAUUCUAA